AUGAUUGAAAUAGAAGCCAAAACUAAGCUAAAGUCUUCAGAAGGAGCCCAUUUCUUCUUUACUUUGAUUUUCUUGACUGCAAGCGGACUCAUUGAAAGAUAAUAUUCAGAAGAAACAUGCGGAUACUAAUACUCUUUACUCGUUGAUCUAGUAUUCUACAGUUAGAUCAUUAAGGGAACAUAUCAAUUAAUAACAAUGGUCCCAAAAUAUAAAAAUCACGAUAUUAUUUUGUUCUUUGAAUUCCUUGACAUAGCUUACUACCUUUUCCUUUUUGGAUUAUUUGUUUAUGCUAACGUUCUCUAUUUUUAAGCUGGUUUUGAAACUUGUUUAACUGAUGCUCCUAUUAUUGCAUACUUCAUUCAACUAUUCUUGGUUGUUACUUAUUUCAUAUUCAUAGUCUUAGUUCUUUCAAUGAUCACUUAUCUCUUCAGAUUAGCUUCUAAAUCUAACGUCAGCGAGCACGACCAAUUAGAAGACAAUUGA